GCUCCACCCGGUGAGUCUGAUGUUACUGCUCUGGAGAAAGAGGAGUUUGCACACAAUAGCGAUGGCAGAAAUCUCUUUUUUUCUCUCUAACGUCAGUAUAACUGUCACGCAGGACAUGGAGCCUGACAAGAUCUCUGGAAAAGAGAAGGAAUAUGAGUGUGUGGAGCUUGGCGAUCUGGACAGAAAAGAGAAGAUCCCUCGUCGCAUUAUUCAUUUCUCCAGUGGCGAAACCAUGGAAGAAUACAGUACAGAUGAGGAGGAGGAGGACAACAAGCAGAACGCAAAGAAAGACCUUCUGUCCUCCAGAGACGCAUCAAAGUUGACAUGGGGCCCGUAUGUCUGGUUUCAGAUGUGGAGAGCAGCUACAUCUACUAUAUCUGCUUGUGACUACCUCGGUGAGCGGAUGGCAUCGCUUUUUGGCAUCACCUCAGCUAAAUACCAGUAUGCCAUAGAUGAAUACAGCCGGUCAAAGAGAGAGAAGGAGGACCGAGAUGAAGAUACGCGUCUUUCUGAAGAGGCAGAGCACCUGUUUGAAGAGCAGCAAAACGAUGAAGACGAGGAUCCUAAAACCGACCAGCCGGAGACCAGCAGACAUGAAGUACAGGUGACCAAUGAGGUGCACCUUCAGCCCUCACUAGUGCACGACACCGAUCAGAUCCCUGCUGUUGUUACUAGCACUUAACUGCAGCUGUAGUUUGCCAUACAACUAUGGUUUAAACACCACAGUCUUUAUUAAUUUUUAUAGCACUUACCACAAAGACAUAAUCAGGUUCUGAAACAAAUUUCAUAUGUCUCAAUGUUUACUUCUGUCUUUGACUCCCUUAAUGCACUGAUCCUGGACCAGUGAAAUGAUAUUGUAUAUACUGAUUAUGGUGCUAAUGAGGAGACCAAAAAGGAAUUUGUGUAGAUGUGCCACUACACUAACAUGAACACACUAAACAUUGUUUUUGUUUGACUCUACAUGUAUUUAUGUAUGUAUUUAUUUAUUUAUUUAUUGUUAUUAGUAGUCCAAUGAAGUAUUUAAUGGAUUUAUUUACUGUUAAUAGAGACACAUAUCUCAAACAGUUUUUUUUAAUUUAAUAUACCUUUAAUGCUCAAUAUUUGUAAUGCUAUUGUUUUGUACUGAACCAUU